GUUUGAGCGAGCCUGCCUUGCAGUAACGCGCGUGUGUGUCGGCAGUCCGAUACGCGCAUCAGACGAGGCACAUCAGCUGGACCUACAAAUCCCUGGUCUGAACUGUGCUGUAGGACCAGGAUUGAAGCAUCAUGUCGGAGUCAUUUGAUUGUGAGAGCUGUAAAGAGUCUCUGUAUGGCAAAAAAUACAUCCAGGUGACUGACGUUCCCCACUGUGUUCCCUGUUACGACCGCCUGUAUGCAAACACCUGCCAUGAGUGUAAGGAGCUCAUCGGACACAAUGCACAUGAGUUGUAUUAUGAAGACCGACAUUAUCACGAACAAUGUUUCUGCUGUUCACGGUGUGGACGUUCACUGGCCGAUGAGUCUUUCACCUGUCAGGACGAUGCUCUCGUGUGUAAUGACUGUUACUGCAGCGAGUUUUCCUCAAAAUGUGUGGCUUGCAACAAAAAUGUGAUGCCAGGCUCUAAGCGGUUAGAGUAUGAUGGAUGUGCCUGGCAUGAGGAAUGUUUUGUUUGUUGCGCUUGUGAGCAACCCAUCGGCCCUCAGGCCUUCAUCCCGGAUAAGGGCGAUUACUACUGCGUGCCCUGUUACGAGGGACGGUUCGCCCCGCGCUGUGCUCACUGCAAAAAGAUUUUAGAUCAGGGUGGGGUUAAAUACAGAGAUGAGCCAUGGCACAGGGAGUGUUUUCUGUGCACCGGUUGUAAGACGCAGCUCGCCGGUCAGCCGUUCACAACACAGGGAGAAGAUCCAUACUGCGUGAAGUGCUUCAGUAACUUAUACGGCCAAAAAUGUACCGCCUGCAACAAACCCAUCACAGGUUUUGGAGAAGGGAAGUACAUUUCGUUUGAGGACCGCCAGUGGCAUCAGCCGUGUUUUAAGUGCUCCUCCUGUUCAGUGUCUCUGGUCGGAGCCGGAUUUUUCCCUGAUGGAGCAAACGUUUUCUGUAAAAGCUGCAAUAACAAAUAACCAACAACUCGUGUCUACAGAUAAAUUGUAGAUAUUGGUGUACACCGCUUUGUAUAAACACAACUUAAAAAUUCAUUUAUGAAUGAUAUAUGUGUAACAGAAAUUGUAAUAUACAAAAUAGUUUAGUAUUAUUGUUCCAUUGUUUAAAGAUUAUUUUGGCGUAUAUAUAAUAUUUGGACAUUUUAGAUCUGAAAUCAAAUGUUUGAACUUGGCCUGUGUAAACAAAACCAUUCUUUUAAAGGCUGUUGUUUCUAUCAUUGCAGUCAUGUUUUGCAUAGUUUUGCUUUGUAAGUUGAGUCAUUUCCAUUAAGUCAAGUGUUUGCGUAAUCUUCAAACCUUUACAUACACACUCCAACAGCAACAUUCCUCAAUGAAACACAAAUGUCUCUUCAUAUAUAAAGGCAUGUAUUCACUGAAAUCAUAUAAAAUGUGGACAGUUGGCUGUAUUAUACACUAUACAUUGUUUUACAAAAUACAUCCAGUGCUUCAAAGGC